AUGGCCACCCAGUACGUAGCCGCCCCCCCUGCUGCGGGUCCUCCGCAAGGGGACGAGAAGCCACUGAAGGAUCACGUCUCAAGCAAAGUUGCGGCUCAGACUAUCCUCCGUAAGAUCGAUGAAGAUGAGACGUUCUUCAGCUGGAAGAUCAUCCAAACCAUCAUUGCAGCUGGCGGUGGCUUUAUGGUGGAUGCCUACGAUUUGUUCGUUAUCGGUCUGUUGACAAAGCUCAUCGGUCGCAUCUACUAUCCGGAUGCACUUCAAUAUGCGCCAAGCGACCUGCCAAAUCGCUCGAACUAUGCACUUGCUUCCGUAGCUUUGAUUGGCACUCUUGUUGGACAGCUCACCUUUGGCCACUUGGCAGAUCUGUUUGGUCGCAAACCUGUUCAUAUUGUCACUAUGGUUAUCAUUUCUAUCGCUGCUCUUUGCUCUGGCAUGUCUUUCGGUACCACUGGUGACGCUGUCGUCGGAACUUUGUGCAUGUGGCGUUUCCUGCUCGGACUUGGCAUUGGUGGCAUUUAUCCUCUCAGCGCUACUGUUAUGAGUGAGACUGCAAGCACUAAGUACCGCGGCACUUACAUUUCUGCUGUCUUCGCGUUCCAGGGCUUCGGUUUCUUGCUGGCUGGAACUGUGGUGAUCAUUCUCGCUGCCAUCUGGAUGCCAUACCCGGAUGCUGGAGAUUUCCUGUGGAGGACCGCGUUUGCCCUCGCAAGCGUUCCGCCAUGCAUUACCUUGUACUACCGAAUGAUCAUCCCUGAAACUGAGAGGUAUGAGGUUAACGUGAAGGGAGACAUUCAAACCGCAGCCAAGCAACUCGGAAUCGACAACGAUCCAACAAUUAUCAAGGCUACUGGUCUUAAGGCCAAGGGUCACACCUGGAGAUCUUUUCUCGACCUGUAUGGUCUUCCCCUCAUGGGUUGCGCUUUUUCGUGGUUCCUUCUUGACAUCGCCUUCUACUCUCAGGGUUUGUUCCAGAGUGACGUGUUCAGCAUCGUCGGCUGGCUUCCUGCCGCUUACACCAUGAACGCCAUUGAGGAGACCUACCGCAUUGCUCGCGCUCAGCUGAUCAUCUCCCUUGCCUCCAUCAUCCCCGGUUACUGGUUCACUGUAGCUACCAUCGAGAUCAUGGGACGCACCAAGAUCCAGUACAUGGGAUUCUUCUUCAUGACCCUCUUCAUGGGCAUCCUGGCUGGGUUGUACGACCAGCUCAAGGGGGAGGUUUCCAACUUCAUCGCGCUGUACGCUCUCACCUUCUUCUUCUCCAACUGGGGCCCCAACUCUACCACCUACGUCUUGCCAGCUGAGGUCUUCCCAUCCUGGUUCAGAGCCACCGCCCACGGUAUCUGCGCUGCCACAGGUAAGGCUGGCGCGAUCGUCGGGUCUUACGGGUUUGGUAUUCUCAAGGAUACUCCUAAACACAACGCCGGCCUCAAGACAGUCCUCAUCGUCCUUACCAUCGUCAAUGCUCUCGGACUUCUCACCACGAUCCCCAUCCCUGAGACCAAGGGCAAGACACUCGAGGAGCUCGGGCGCGAGGGCGAGGACAUGUCCAGCAUGCACACCGAGGAGAGCCAGGAUGAGCCUUCCAGCGCUCAGAACGUCUCCCACACUAGCCCUUUCAAGUCAACCGAUCCGAAUGGAAAAGUAACGUCAAAUCACUUAAAGGUCUCAUCAUUCAUUCUGGACGCAUGGGCCAUAAGGGAUAUCAUCACCUCAGUUACACAAGUUACUUCCUGA